AUUUCCUCUUCGACGAGUUCUUUGAUCUUGACGAAGAGUCAUAAAGUGUGGUUAUGUUGACACUCUCGGACGUUUGAUGAGGAUUCUCGAGGAAAUAUAGAGGAAAAUGAUGAACAAUUGGAGAGUGGCAGACUACAAGACGAAUCAUGAGCCUGAGGAGCACUGGAAACUGCGAAAAGCCUUCAUGAUGAAGCACAAGAGAGACAUUCCGGAAGAUGAACUCGUUUGUUUGGCCCAAAUAAUGAUCAACAUAGAGUUUCUGGGCUGCCGCUACUCCAGGGAAGUGACGCUACGAAUUGAGGAGUUGGCAAAGGAUCUUCUGGCAGAUGUGCGACAGAAGCGAAAGAAUCGCCUCCGGAGAACCUUCGUGGGCGCCUCUGAUGCCGCUUCGGCCAAAGUCAAAAGAUCUAGUUUAGCAGACACUCUGAAGAGACCCACAAACACCUCAGAACCGCCCUCGAAGAAACGCUUCCAGGAAGAGUCCGUAGACUUCACGUCAAAGUACGGCAAGAUCAUCAUUUACGAUCCUUCCACGGACAAUUUUCAGCAAUCAGCCGCUUCCCUGAUGCAGAUUCUACGCGCAAAAUGUGGAGCUGCGGUCGUGGAACAGCCCAGCAUGCUGGGCGACAGCUUCCGGACGGUGAUUUUGGUGAAUGGACAAGUUGCCGGUCAAGCGGAUUCUUCCAGCAAGGCGUCGUCGAAGAAGGAAGCGUACGAAGAUGCGCUGGCUGAACUCAAGAAGCACUGCUUCACGCUACGCGUCAAGAAUUCCUUCCUGUCGGAGGGCAACGAGACGAUCAGGAAGCCCGAAGAGGGCGCAGAGAAGAAGACUGAAUCGCAGAAGCUCGGCGAGGAGAAUCUGGGCUUCAAGCUGCUGAAGUCGCUGGGCUGGAAAGGAGGCAGUCUGGGCGCGAAUAAUCAGGGAAUCUUGAAUCCUGUGGAGCUGUCUGUGAACAUUGGGCGCCAGGGACUCGGCGCCAACACAAACACAGACUAUUACAGGAGCAUCCUGAGGAACUACAAGAACACCGUCACUCUCUAUGAUCUCGUGUUCACCAAUGAGUUCAACAGCGACGAGCGCGCAAUCCUGCACAGACUCGCCAGUCAACUGGGCUUAAAAUCCAAGAGUUACAGCAAGAAUGAGGAUCGACACCUGGUCAUCAGUAAAAAGAUAAGCCUAUUUGAUAUGGCGAAGGAUAUAAUUGAGCAGAGAGAUCCUGCUCUCAUGGAGAAGUUCAUCCUAGUUCCACCAGAAUCGCCAGAUUUAUAAUUUUGACGCUAAGCAAGUGGGAAGAAAAUAUUCGUUUUUUAUUCUGGAGGAAAA